AUGCCCUCUUUAAAGGAGGAAUUCGAAAAUACUAAACCACAGGCCAGGAUAAAAUUUGGAAAAUUUAGUUUUGUAGAUGUUCCGGCAGGAUAUAGAAUGCCAGAUUUAACUUCAUUUUUUCAGGCUACCGAAGAGAAUGUUAAAAAUGAUUCACCUUAUCUUUUUAAAACCUAUGAAAGAUCAGUGAAGCAAAAACCAAUAAUGGAAACAACUUUUACUAAUACAGCACAAAAGAAAUCUCCGAAACAAGUUGCUCCCACACAAAAUGAUGACAUAAAUAAUUAUGAUGGUUUUUAUGAUGAUGAUUGGGUGGAUUUUCUUGACAAAAGUGAUUUAUCAUUUAUGAAUUGUACAAAUUCUUUUAUCACUGCAGACGAAAGUGGAAAAGAGGAUAGUCGUAUUCAUGAUAGUACUAUUUGGACAAAUGAUACUAGUAAUAGUUAUGUUAAUACAACGGCUAAUUAUAAUGAUACUACCAUAGAUGGAGGUGAAACCGAUGAUGAUAUACAUUUUGAAGAAAAAAGUUAUUUAGAUAGUGACGGUGAAGAAUUUGCCAAUAUUCGAGAAUUAUUACCUUCAGGAAAAAUUGAAGAGAUAUACAAAGUAUUAAGAGAUAUUUUUGGACAUACUUCAUUUAGACAUAAACAAGAAAAAGUUAUUGUUGCAGCAUUACUUGGACAUGAUGUUUUUGUGUUAAUGCCAACAGGAGCUGGGAAAUCUUUAUGUUAUCAAUUGCCUGCUGUAAUAGAUUCUGGUAUUACAAUUGUUAUAUCACCAUUAAAAGCAUUAAUUGCAGAUCAAGUUUUAAAAUUAAAUCAAUUAGGAAUAUCUGCACAAAGUUUAACCAGUGAAUUAAAUAGUAAUAAAUGUGAAAAAUUGUAUGAUGAUAUAAUAUCAGGAAAAAAAGUUAUUAAUCUUUUAUAUGUUACACCAGAGAAAGUUAAUGGAUCAGAUAAAUUUAAAUCUUUUUUAAGUAACUUAUAUAGACAGGGAAUGCUUUCAAGAUUUGUUAUUGAUGAAGCCCAUUGUGUCACACAAUGGGGACAUGAUUUCCGUCCAGAUUAUGCACAAUUAUGUUGUCUUAGAAGAACAUUUUAUGAUCCAAAUGUUCCCAUUAUGGCUUUAACAGCUACUGCUACUCCAAAAAUUGUAACAGAUGUUAAGAAUUUAUUGUCAAUGGAUUCUUCAAAAACAUUCAUUUCAUCAUUUGAACGUCCAAACUUAAAAUAUGAUGUAAUUCCAAAAUCUGCCAAAUCACAAAGUGCAUUACUUAAAAAAAUUAAAAAUAUGUACCCAAGACAAUCUGGAAUAUUUUAUUGUCAUUCACAAAAAGAUUGUGAAACACUUCAUGGGACUCUCGUUAAUUAUGGUAUAACAUCAGUUGUUUACCACGCUGGUAUGAGUGAUAAAGCUAGAUCUGAGUCACAACGUCAAUGGAUGUCAAAUGAAGUUCAAGUAAUAUGUUCAACAACUGCUUUUGGUAUGGGUGUUGAUAAACCUGAUGUUAGAUUUGUUGUACAUUUUUGUAUACCAAGUAGUAUUGAGGGAUAUUAUCAGGAAAGUGGGCGUGCCGGAAGAGAUGGAUUACCAUCAUAUUGUGUCAUCCUUUAUAGUUAUUCAGAUUCUAUAAAACAAAGGCGUCUUAUUGAAGGUGAAACAAAUAAUAAUGGUUAUAAAAUGAAAAAAUCUAUUGGAUCAGUUAAAGCUCGACAAGAAAAAAUUAAUGAAAUUCUUGGGUAUUGUGAAUCAAUUUAUGAAUGUCGUAAAAAAUUAUUAGUAGAACACUUUGGUGAAAAGUAUGAUUCUAAAUGUCAAAGAGGAUCAAAAACAAUGUGUAAUAAUUGUGAACUUGCUUAUACUUUUGAUUUUCAAUAUCAAAUGUAUGACUUUACAACUGAAGCUGUACACAUUUUGAAUGCAACAAUGGAUAUUUCAUUGACAAUGAAACAAAUGAGCGAUUGUUAUAGAGGAUGUUUGAAAAAAAAUCAAAAUAACAGUGAAGUUAUUCAUUCAUCAGAAAUUUUUGGAAGAGGUUCAUUAUUAUCAGAAAAUGAUGCUAAUAGACUUCUUAUUAAAUUAAUUAGUAUUGGAUAUUUAAAAGAAGAAAUAAAAAUUAUUGAAGGCAAUGGAUAUACUAAUACUGCUGGAUAUCUUUCAUUAACAACAAAAGGGCAUAAAUUUUUAUCUUCUCAUGAUAAACCUAGAAUUUAUCUCUAUGUUAAUAUGGGAAAAGGAAGAAAAAGAGAUACUAAACGUUCUGAAUUGUUAGCACUUGGAGUUAUGUCUGCAUCUAAUAUUGAAAAUGGAGGAAUAUAA